AGAAUCAAGUCAACAAUGUCGAACAUUUCUGAGACUGCCAUAAAAAACAACAAUAAUCAGGAACUAGGUGGUGCCACAAAGAGAAACGAAAAUGAUGCCACUACGUUUACAAUGCCAAUAGGAAUCCAAGAGAAAUUGGAGAUUUUAAAGAAGCAAGAUGUCCAACUCCAAGAAGCUCUUGACAUGGAGCUGAAGUUUCUGGACACCAACGAGAAAUUAUUUGUCAAGACUUUACAUGAUGCUCAAAAGUUCCACCAAGAGCCCACUACUUCGUUUGCAGACGAAUUGGAGGAGAGUGUAUUGUGCGAGUCAGAAUCAGAAUCCGAUGCUUUGGAUGAAUCAGAGUCAGAAGACUCUGUAGUCAACGAAUACGUGAAAGAGAGUGACGAUGAAGAGGAUGACGAGGACAAGGAAGAAUAUGAAGAUGAAGAAGGCAAAUCAAUAAUUGAAAAAGAAGCCCUCACAAUCAGCCCCAACUCAUGUAAUUCAAAGCACACCAGAAACGUCACCAAAACGAGUCAAAGUUUUAACGUUUUGGUAUGUAUUCUGGUCUUGGGACUGUACAUUGGAUCGUGGCUGCUUUUUGGACUUCCAAAACAAGAAUCCCGGGAACUCUAAUUUCGUUUAAUUGUUUUUUUGUUGAUUUGUCACCUGAAGUUGUGUUUUCAAAUGAUUACAAAAAUUUUUUGCACCAGUCACUUUUAAAGUUUUUAUUGAAA